AUGAGCACACUUUCCGUUUUAGUCGAAGCUUCUUCGUGUUCUUGGGGGAAAAUUGCCGUAGCGCAUGGUGAAAGUUCAUUAGGAACAAUUCUUCGAGCAAUUAUUUCGUUUUGUAAUGCGCAUCUUGCACUAUCUGCCUCUAACAAAUUGUUGGUUUUCGCUUACGGAAAAGGAAUUCCAAAAAAGUUAUUGUUCAGUUCGUCGCGGCCGUCAGAUCGAGACGUUUCUUCAAUAGUUGUACAUAGUUUGAGGGAAAUUUUGACAAGUGAUGCUCAAAAUGAUGACUGUUCCGUUGGAGCUCCUCUUGCACCGGCAAUGGCGCACGCAAUUUGCCAUAUGAAACGAAACGACGCAAUUGUGAUCGAUGCUGUAGUUAAUCCUGAUUCGCUUGGACCAGUUCAAGCCGAACUAGACAUGGAAGAAAACGAACCAACAGUUCGCGCGGUUGUCAUUGGAAUGACUUCAUUUUUUGGCGGCGAACACGGACCACUUAUGAAUUUAUUUUUUUCGGCUGCCAAACAAAAUAUAUGUGUUGAUGUUGUUUCGUUGGGCGAAGAUGCUACUGGAGGAGUCUUGCAACAGGCUGCCGAUAUUACCGGCGGUUUGUUCCUGCACGCGUCGAGACCUUCUGAAUUACUACCAAUGCUGAUGACGCAUGUUCUAGCAGCUCCUUCACUGAGGAGCGCAUUUCCUCAGCCAUCUCUUGAUGCUGUGGACUAUCGAGCAUCCUGUGCUUGUCAUCAUCAGCUUGUUUCCGUUGGAUGGGUUUGCUCAGUAUGCCUUUCAGUUCUCUGCCAAUAUAUGCCCAUUUGCAAAGUUUGCAAAGCUGUUUUCAAAAUUGCUCAUUUGCCUCGAAAAUCAAUUAAAAGAAAGAGAACUUAG